UUGGACACCAGUCAGCGGGACCGGAGGAAGCUGUCGGCUCUGGGGCAAAUGGGCCGAGCAGCCGGGACUCAGAGGGCAGCAACAGACGCUCUGAAUGGCUCCAUCUGCUGCUGGAAAGUGAAGUUUUCCCAGAGAAAAGCGUCUGCACGCAGCCCCGGGCAGCUGCUGCUGGCCGGACAGUCGCCCACUGUUAUCUGCAGCCGACGGUCCCGUCUGUCACGGGCCCAGCCCCGCCUCACACAAUGCACAGACACACUGAGCCGCCUCUGGGUGGAGGGGGGUGGGCACACAGGGAUGCCAACCUCCAUUUUCAUGCACUGGUGGACAAAGAGCUGCAGUCAGAGGGCGGCCGUCUUCUUUGGGUCGGAGUCGCUCACGGAGCCGGACGCGCUGCCUCUGCUGCCUGCCUCACUUCAGCUGGGAGACGACAUGAAGCGCUGCCUCGGCCUGGUCCUGCUGCUCUUUUCUGGGAUGCUGCACACCGGUUCUGGACUUCGCUGCUACAAGUGCUCGGAUUACACGGGACGCUGCGAGAACGUGCAGGAGUGCACGUAUGAGGACUCCUGCAUUUCUCUGAGUGAGAGAGGCGGGAAGACCAUCCGCCAGUGCAUCCGCUACACCGACUGCGACAUCUCCCGCCUCACCCAGAUGUUCCCGUCCAUCUCCAGCUUCACCUACAGAUGCUGCAACAACAACCUGUGCAACUCGGGGAACGGCGUCCCCACGGUGGCGCCCGGCCUGGUGGGCGCCCUGCUGGGCCUCUGCUGGCUCUGGCUGUGA